CUCAUUAUGAACAAAUGGUGAGAGGAGUUAGAGAAUCAUUAAUUAUCAAUUCGGCUAGUGACUAGGGGGAAUCAUUACUAGAGUGAGUUUUCUCAUUUUGAAACUUUAUCAAUUUAAUCAUUUGGUGUUAGUUUUAGUUGUUUAAAGUAACUAAACUUGAACUUGGAGUUUGCUAGAUCAUGUGAAGUGCCUACCCGCCUGAAAAGAGAGAAUGGCUAUAGAUUUGUGGAUUUGUAAAAAGGCAAGGGGAAUAAUUGUAUUUUUAGUGAACUUAUAAAAGUAAAGUGACGAGCAAGAAAAAUCCUAGAUGCACACUCCCUUCUUCUCUUCACUCUCGUCUUCUCGCCUCUCUGUUCUUUCCUCUACAUAUAAAAAACGAAUCAACUCCCUAUACGAACCAAAGAUCAGAAGAAAAUACAACAUUUAUUCUCCUUCACUCUCGAACAACCGAAUCCUAGUCGCCACCUCUUCUCAUAUCUUCUCCGUCCAAGUAAAACAUAAGAGAAAGACUGAGGGCGGCGACGACAUCCAUCAUCGCUUCUCUCUCUCGAUCAUCUUCCCGUUGAUCUGACGGAGAAGCCACCAGAAAGAGUCCUUAGUUAGGUCACCCAAUUCGCCCAAUCCACCCAGCCGCUCCCGCUCUAAACCGCGGAUUUCCGGAAAAGCUUAAGAAAUUUGCGAAUUAAUUAUAACGAGAGCGCGAAUUAUGACACAAAGAGCGCGAAUUCCAUCCGACUUUAUCAUAUUGAAGGAGACAGUGAAGAAAGAGAUGGAAGGGAAAUUAAGAUGGCGCAGAGGAUUUGCCAAAGAACGAAUUUAAUUUCCAGCCAUGAAAGACGAGAAACUUCUGCUGCACCGAGAGAUCUAAUCGAACAUGAAGGACCAACAGGAAUGGGCAGGUCGUCUACCGCUCACGCAUGGAAAUUUGAUGAGUUAAUUUGCUUGCAUGGUAGAAACUAGGAUUGAUCCAUUCCCGAUCUUGUUUUGUAUCACUCUAGCUUUCUCCGAUGGGUUGGAAUAUAAUUCGUUUUAUAAGCUGUAAUUGGGAAGGAACUGCAAAUUAUUAAUUAAAAUAAUAUAUUAUUAAUGCUCUAUUCACGCUCUCAAUAUUAAAUUAUUAAAAAAUGAAUACUCUGACGAUCCCGUUUCCGCUCCCGAUCCCGCUCCACGAACUAAUUACCUAAGUCCUUAGCAAAGAUGUGAAUCAUAAUCAUUAGUCCGCUCUGAAUUAGGAUGUGAAUCUCGAUUCCUGGGACCGGUUACUAUGACAACACUCCUUGUGUUGUUAUUGUAACAACACUAGUCUCCAACCAAUAGGAAGCUAGGAUUGUGAUGACUUUUUAUUAGAUGAGUUGACCUAGUGUAAAUUCAAAGCAGGGGUAUACUUGUCAUUAUGAAAAAUCUGUUAAAAAAUAAAAAAAAUAAAAAAUAUUUUUUUAUUUUUUGCCAAAAAUUUGGCCGCCGUAAUUCUGCCACCGGUCGCCGGAAAAUGGUCGUCGGUAGGGCUGCAAAUGAGCCAAGCCGCUCGCGAGCAACUCGACGUUCGAAUCGGAAAAAACUCGUUCGACACUCGACUCGUUAUUUAACAAGCCGGCUCGCGAGCCAACUCGUUAGUUAACGAGCCAAGCCUGAGCUAGACCAUGCUCAGCUUGAUAAGCUCGCGAGCUAGCUUGAUUCGGUGGCUUGUCGAGCUAAGCUCGCGACCUGCCUUGUUUUGAGCUUGUGGAAGGAUGAAUUACUCUUUUAAACAUGAACAUUGUCUUAUAAUACAGAUGUGUAUGAAAUUUAGAUGUUAUUUCUAGUUUCUAGUGUUCUUUCUAUCAUUUAAAUUCUUAUGUUUAUACAUUUUUCCAGCAAAAAUGAUUUUAAAUCGAGCUCAUCUUGAGCCGAGCUUGUACUCAGCUUAACAAGCUAUGUUAAUGAGCAUUUAUCGAGCUCUACCGAGUCGAGCUCGAGCUAGAUUAUUUUUAUUCAAGCCGAGCUCGAGCUCGAGCUGGAUUAUCAAAAUUCGAGUUCGAGCCGAGCUCGAGCUGAAAAAUUAAUAAACGAGCCGAGCUCAAGCUAAGCAAAAACUCGACUCGGCUCGUUUGCAGCCCUAGUCGUCGGGCACCGGAAUAUGCUUUUUGUCGCCGGAAUAUGCUAUUUGUCGCCGGAAUAUGCUUACCUGUGUCGGAAUAUGCUUACCGGCGUCGGAAUAUGCUUACCGGCGUCAGAAUCUAGUCAUUGGGGCCGGAAUAUGCCUAUCAGCGUCGGAAUAUGCUCACUGACGGUCACCUGAGUUCGGUCAACGAACUUCGUUGACCGGUCAACGGUCUUCGUUGACCGGUCAACGGUCAACGACCACCGGAUGUAUGGUCUACAUUGUGAGAUUUAUGGUUUGGUUUCUCAUAUUUUCGUAUGCCUUUUGUGGUUUGCUUUAUCGUGUUUGUGGUUUGCAUUAAGAUGUUUCUGGUUUGCUUUAUCGUGUUUGUGGUUUGCAUUGAGAAGUUUCUGGUUUGCUUUCAAAAACUUUGUGGUCUGCAUUGUGAGGUUUCUGGUUUGUUUUAAUAUAUUUGCGGUUUGCAUUAGGACAUUUAUGGUUUGUUUUUUUGUGGUUUGAUUUACUAUGUUUGUGGUUUGCAUUUGGAGGUUUCUGGUGUGCUUUCGCAAAUGUUGUGGUUUGCAUUGUGGGGGUUCUAGUUUGUUUUAGGAGAUUUGUGGUUUGCAUUAGGAGGUUUCUGGUUUGCAUUAAGAAGUUUCUGGUGUGCUUUAAAAAAAAUUGUGGUUUGCUUUGUGGGAUUUCUGGUUUGUUUUAAUAAAUUUGUGGUUUGCAUCAGGACGUUUAUGGUUUGCUUUAGUGUGGUUUGCUUUACCGUGUUUGUGGUUUGCAUUAUGAUGUUUUUGGUGUGCUUUCGAAAUAUUUGUGGUGUGCAAUGUGGGGUUUUCGGUAUGUUUUAGGGGAUUUUUGGUUUGCAUUAUGAGGUUUCUGGUAUGCGUUUUGUGGUUUGUUUUACUGUGUUUGUGCGCUACAUUAGGAGGUUUAUGGUGUGCUUUUGAAAUAUUUGUAGUUUGCUUUGUGGUAUUUCUAGUAUGUUUUAGGCGAUUUGUAGUUUGCAUUAUGAGAUUUCUGGUAUGCUUUAGAAACAUUUGUGGUGUGUUUUAUGGUGUUUGUGGUAUGUUUCAGAAGGUUUAUGGUUUACCUUACAAGGUUUUGGUAUGUUUAUAAUUUAUGUGUGGUUUGAUUUAUCAGAAACAAAUUGGAAACAAACUUGACAAAUAACUCUUCUCCUGGAGCUAAACAAUUACAAAUCGACAUAACAAGCUAUUGAAAUCAUAUCAAUGACAAGCUAUUGAAAUCAUAUCAAUUAAACUCUCCAUUGUCCACUCAAUUCAUAUCAAGAAUUAACAAUUGGACCGGAGAAGUACUAAUGAAUGAAAGUGACGAGAGAGAAAAGCAAUCGGAGCACUAAGUUCAUGGUAUGGAGAGCUUGGGAACGAUCGCGUGCGAUGACAACAAGGCCUUCAGAAUGAAUAAUCCCUUGACAAAGUCGUCCGCAGCCAUCGCCAUGUUCGCGAAUCUCUAGGAGGGGGAAGAGCGGUAGAGUUGCAUGAGAUUUAGAACCGGGGAAAAACGAGUUGCAGCGGGGCAGCAGCGAAUCUCAACGAAGUCAUCCGCAGCCGAUACUGCCAUGGUUGUGAAGCUCUAGGAGGGGAAAAGAUCGACGAAGUUGUAGGACGUCGGAGAGAAACGAGUUGGGGCAGAGCAGCAGGGGAGCAAGAAUCGCCGAUCUGGGAGGAGUCCCUCUAGUCUCGAUAUCCUCGAUGACCAGACCAAUUUUCUCAGAGUCUGUCGCCGUCUCUUGUGUUGAGGAAGAAUGGCGAUGGGAGGAGGAAGGAUCAAAGCGAGUUGGUCUCUGCCAUCCCGUCGGCGAAAGAGAAGAGACCGAGAUUUUGUCUUUAAGGAGAAAGACCACCGUCACCGGAUAAUGAAAUAUAGAUUUGGGACUGGGAGCAAUUUUUUUUUUGGAGAGGAAGAGAGCACAUAAGCCGAGAAAGUGGAUUAAUUUAAUUUUUAUUUUAUUAAUUUGGGUCAAUGUGACCCUUUUACCCCUGUUGUUAUUAUAACAACGCAUUGACUGUUGUUAUUGUAUCCCGUCCCUCGAUUCCUUUUACAUAAAAAUAACGAAAGAUUGGUUGGGCCGCUGGCCCGCUAGACUAUCAGCAUUGCCGCCCGCCAAUAGGACUAGUAGCCCAAAUAAAUACGUAGCAGUGCCCACCAAGGAACCAGCGAACGUAACCAAAGAGGAGGGAAUGGGAUAAUAAAUUUCUCGAGAAUAAAAAAAAAAAAAUCUCUCUUUCACCUCUUGGGCUACCCUCGCUAUCCUUCUCCUUUGUUCUCUGCAGUUCGCGUUUUGAUUGUUCUUCUCUUCCUCGGAAACCCUAGAUCCCUCUGUCUCCCGAUCUUCCCCGGCUCUCUCUGCUUCUUCCCGAUCGGCGGAGGCCCUUUCGUAAGUUUUUCUCGCUAGUUUCAGGCAGCAAGGGGAGGCGAAGAGCGACCGAUCGGAGUAAUAUGGACGAUAGCUGUGCUGUGUGUGCCGAUGCCUUGGAAUGGGUUGCCUACGGCGCCUGCGGCCAUCGCGACGUCUGCUCUACCUGCGUCGUUCGUCUUCGAUUCAUCUGCGAUGAUCGCCGGUGCUGCAUCUGCAAGGCGGAGUCCGAUGUCGUUUUUGUCACCAAGGCUCUGGGAGACUAUACAAGGAUUAUCAAUGACUUCGCAGUCCUUCCUUCUGAACCUAGGGAAGGCAGGAGCGGGUCGUAUUGGUACCAUGAGGAUACACAGGCGUUUUUUGAUGAUGUGGACCACUACAAGAUGAUCAAGGCAAUGUGCAGACUCUCGUGCAGUGUAUGUGACAACAUGGAGGAGGAGACGAAUGAUGGCACAAAGCGUCGCUCCAGGUUUAGGAACAUUGAACAGCUGAAGGGUCAUUUGUUUCACAAACAUAAGUUGUUUAUGUGCAGCCUAUGUUUGGAAGGGCGGAAGGUAUUUAUUUGUGAGCAGAAGCUGUAUAGUAGAUCACAGCUUAAUCAGCACAGCAGCACAGGGAACUCUGAGGUGGAUGGUAGUGAAAGUGAAAGAGGUGGCUUUAUGGGUCAUCCCCAAUGUGAAUUUUGCAAGUCAUCAUUCUAUGGUGAAAAUGAGUUAUACUCGCAUAUGUCUAGGGACCACUAUACCUGUCAUAUAUGCCAAAGGCAGCACCCUGGACAAUAUGAGUAUUACAGAAAUUACGAUGACCUAGAGAUGCACUUCCGCGGAGACCAUUUCCUUUGUGAGGAUGAGUCAUGUCUUGCCAAAAAGUUUGUUGUUUUUCAAAGUGAAUCUGAAAUGAAGAGGCAUAAUACCAUCGAACAUGCUGGGCGUAUGUCCCGUUCGAAGCGUAAUGCUGCUCUACAGAUACCAACCAGCUUCCGGUUUCAUCGUGAACAAGAUGCCCGUCGUGGAAGGGGCCGCCCAUCUCGGCGUGAUGAUUCUGAUAACCAACUUUCCAUGGCAAUUCAGGCAAGUCUGGAUACCUCUUACGCUGAUCCCCCAUUGCCGUCAUCUGGUACACAAACAGCAGCCGAUUCUGGAGAUGGUAUUUAUAUGGAUCCACUCAGUGAGCCUCUAGACUCAUUAACUCUAUCUGACUCAUCCACGCCUUCAAGAUAUCUUCAAGCAUUAGGGCACAGUAGGAAUGGUGCUCUGCAAGAGUCCGCCUUUCCUCCCCUUGCUACGGGCCCCAGCAGUAGUAGUAGCCAGCAGCAGAAGCCCACACAAGAACCAGAAGGUUUACCAAACAACACUAUGGCAGCACAUCUCAGACGCAAGAAUAAAAAGGCAACUGUUGUCAACUCAGCCAAGGGAUGGGCUACAACCCGUGUGCCCCUCUCUGUUAGUGGUGGUUCAUCACAGUGGCCCGCGAUAAAUAAUAUUGUGCCAUCAAGCUCUCACAGUAUUUCUACUGCACCUCCUCCACUUUCGAGUCGUGCAAGUCCUCCUGUUCGAGCACCCGUGUCAGUUGCUGGACAUAUCUCUGCUGGUAAUCUAGUGAGCACCAGUGGCAGAAUGAGUCAUUCUGCAUCAGCCCCAAGUCUUGCUGAGAGUACUAGGUUGCUAAAAAAGCCCCCUGACUCGGAUUUCCCUCCAGUCUCUGCGGUGCAAGUACACAAAGCACCCUCCAGUAGUCAGCAGCAGGCUGUGGUUAAAGCACCCUCCACUAGUCAGCAGAAGGCUGUGGUUAAUGCUGGAGAUGUUCAAACUGCAAACAAAUCUCUGGUUGAGAAAAUUCGUGACGCCUUACAUCACGAUGAGGCAAUGUAUGCUUCUUUCAAAGAGAUUUCUGGUCAGUAUCGACAGGGCUCUGUCGACACUGAAGAGUACUUGGGAUAUGUGCAGCAGUAUGGGUUGUCUCAUCUUGUUCUCGAGUUAGCUAGACUUUGCCCUGAUCCCCUGAAGCAGAAGGAGCUGGUUGACACCUACAAUGCUGCUGCUAGUUUGGGAUUGAAUGGCCGCCAGGAAAAGGGUAAAGACUCUACUAAAAAGGGCAAGGGAAUAUCUUCAGAAGGCAGCAACAGCAGCAGCAGCUCAAGGGAUAAAUUAGCCGAUAACAUUAUGAACACGGUUCGGACACUGCAGUCACAACAACAGAAACCUGUGGCAGAAGAGCUGGUCGAGGUGUUAUCCAAGGAUGGUUAUCGGAACUCUAAAGGAAAGCCUAGUUCGACUAUUGAUAAUUGGGAAUCAGGCGGUCAGCAACGGUCCACUUCAUCUGGCGAUGGAAAUAUGAAAAAGAAGAAAACUUCAAAGUUCCAUAGGGCGAGGCUGGGCGAUGGGUCAAUGGAGGUGAUCUUAGGCAAGAAGAAUUCCGACCAUGACCUGGGUCCCGGUUUAGUAGGCGAAGCAUCUUCAGAUGGUAGCAAUAGUAAUGAUGCCGCUGGAGGGGUGCCUGUGCGCGGGGUUUGGAGGAAAGGAGGGAGCAAGAAGCUCUUUACAUAGAUACAGUCGGUGGAGGAUACCAGAUUGAUUACCUUUGAAUGGAGAAGUCAAAUGCACAGAUGUGUUUUUCGGGUUGUGAAUGAAUCGUUUUGUAGAUGCCUGAUCAGACUGCAGAGGUGAGCAAAUUUUGCGCUUGUUUCUUGCCAAGUGUGAUGAUGGCUGAGUUGAGAUGAUAGUGGCUGUUUUCUGUUUUAGAUUGAAUUCUGGUUGUAGUCAAUCAGUUGUUGGUGAGUUGAUGACAAAUGUUGAUAGAAUUUGACAUGUUGGAGAGGAACACAGUUUUCUUUCUUCCGCACUUAUUAGUUAUUUUUGCUUAAAAUCUUUUUCUCACUAGUUUAAUGGUUUUUGCUUGCAAAUCGAAUGACGCUGUUAGAAUUUGGCUAUGGCACUGACAAUGACUUGGUACUGGUGGCGCACAUCAUGAUCUGUAUUCUGUGCCAAGUUGAAUCAAAAAAUUAUAUGUGUUCAUUUCAUACAUAAUCCAUUCAAAAUAGAGAAGAAACAAAUGGUAUAAAAACAAAUGGCAGGUACACUUUACUUUAUUGUCUAUAUGUGCAAUUCGGCUAUCAGGUUGACAUUCAUAAACAUAAAUCAGUAACGUUUCUUUUAGUUCAAGAAUUUAAAAUUUAACGUCGCGAUUUAAACAGGGUAAAAAAAUAUUAAAAAUGUGCACGCAAAUAGGGGUAAAUAUCACAUUUGGUCACUGAAUUAUUAAAGCAUAUCAUGUUUAGUCACUAGAAAAAUUUAAUAUCAAUUUUGAUCACCUGAAUUACUGAAACAGAUCACAUUUAGUCACUCUCUCGUUAGUUUCCGUCCAAAUCCAUUAAUAAAAAAAAAACUUUUGUGUUGGUUUAAUAUAAUCAUCGUGUUUGCUAGAUUAUUAAUUGGUGCUUUUUGUGCAUUGUCGCGUUCAACCGACCUUCCGGACAUAAUUUGUGAUGACUAUGCUAAAGUGAAGAGGUUUAGCGUCCAACGUAGAGAUCUUCAUAGGAAUAAUCAAGGAUUCAAGGUAUUGACUCUCUCAAUUUGUUAUUUCUUCUAUGUUACCUAUGUUACGAGCUUCAAAAUAUUUUGAUGUUCUUAUUUUUCUAAUUUUCUUAUAAACAUAGUAGAUUAUUUGUUCUGUACAACUAUUUUUCUUAUUUUCUUGAGUUUUGCAGACUAUUUGUUACUUUACAACUAUGAAAGCGGAUAAAAUUAAUAAAUUCUUACAGACCGGUUGGUACCAAAUGAAUCAAGAAUUCAUUUCAUUGUAAAAUGAGUUACCGUGUAGAAUUCAUUGUCAAAUGAAAUCCUAUGUUUGGUAUGUUAUAUUCAAAUCAUUGAAGUGUCGUGUAGAAUUCAUUGUCAAAUUAAUUUCUGUGUUUGGUAUGUCAUAUGUAUAAGUAAUUUAGUUAAUAAAAGAGGAUAAUCAUGUCAUUUUAUUAUAAUUAGUAAAUACUUGUGGAAUUCAUUUGGAAAUUCUAUCUCAAUUCCUCGGAAUUGCUAUCACUGGUUCCAAUUCCGUAGAAUUCAAAAUUUAUAAUUGAAAAUGAAUUCUUUUUAAUACCAAACACAAAAAUAUUUCAUUUCAAAAUGAAUUACUCAAACUUAUGGAAUUCAUUUAUACCAAGGUUGUCAACCCGUGGGUUGACCCAGACCCGGUGGAGCUAGUGGGUCAAGGGUUAAUGGGUCACCCGAUUUAGCCCGGAAAAUAUGGAAAUAGUCAUUAUAUUGUACUUAUCCUGAUAAAUUAUAUCAAAUCUCAUCUAACAUAUGAGUUAUAACAUAUAAUAUUCCACCAAAAUAACAUGUCGUACUUAGA